CAGCCAUUUUGGGGAGGUUCUUCAACCACGAUUUACUAGCUACCACACCAGGCCGAAGACUUCCAAGAAACUGAACAAAAGACGUUUUUACAAAAAACCAUCGUUCAAUAUGGGUCCACCAGGAGACAAGCUUGAUCGUGUGUCCUCUGAAAGAACGGAGGAUUUAAGUUGGUUUGUCAAUUUAUCUUGACAUGGCAUGCAGGGUUAGUUGGUGGUUGUGACGACGACUGAAGAAAAGCACGAAAAAAAAAAAACAAGCGAAGAUAAAUAGCUAACACCUCAAAUUCAGCGUGUGAAAGAGAUUUUGACUGCGUUUGUUGUCGUCUGUAAAAAAUUAAGUUGGUUCUCUCGACGCGAAUCCUAAACAUCAUGAUGAUAUUGAAGGAAAUGUUCAUGUAAAAUGACAGGACACAACAGUUAAGCCAGCCAACCGUUACGACAUUAAAUAGCAAGCCAGACACAACUCUUCGGAAAUGUAAAAUGGAAGAUGACUCUCAGCUGGCUAGCUAACCGCACGACAUAUAGGCCUCAAUUACUCCAAGUAACAAACAUAUGAUGUAGCUAGCUAGUUAAUCCACUAACUAGUUAGUGUUGGAAGUGUAUGCAGCCUAGCUAGCUCAUGUUAGCUAGUCAGCUAAAAAUACUGCCGUCACUAUGAGUAUCGACAAUGGAAGUAAACAAGGCCGCGGGCCAGUUCAAUGGCAGUAAACCCCCGGAGAUGUCAAGUUACUUUGGUAAACGUCAAUGUUGUAACCUCAACCUGGUGCCAACAUCUGGUAUCCAUAUUUACUUUCCACGAUGGUUGUCUGUACCCCCUGCACUGUCAGUAUUACGCUCAUAACGCGGUCUCUUCAGAUAAAUGAACACAAACCGCGUCAGUCAUGGACGAAGCUUUGAGUUUGAGAAGACGACAGUAGAAUGUGGUCUGCUUGCUAGUUUUGAGUAGUAGUCUUCUAUUUCAGUAGUGAGAAGUAGUGUCGGUAUGGGGUUUAAAAAUAGCUAUCCUUUCUGUUGGUAGUUUGUUCUCAGUAACAGAAAGAAAAGGUACACCUAAAUACGAUUUGUUCAUGUUAUCACUAGCCCAGUGAUGUGUUGAAUUAAAGAUUAAUUUGGCCUGUAUUCUAAUGUCAUGCUUUUAAUCACAUGGCUUCUUGAGUAAUUAAUGAAAUAAAUGUAGCGAAAUAUUGAUUAAGAACCCCCCACUCCUCCUAUUAUCCCUUUAAAUACAUACAAAUGACAUAGUUUGAUAUUUAAUGAAUUCCUCCUAGAGUUAGUAUGUAUUUCAUAAGAGGAUAGUUUAGAAACAUUUGAUUUCUCGAUUCUGUAAGGGGUAGCUACAUCUCAAGAGUAAAUAGACAACUCGAAAGUAUCAAAAUCUAAUAAUGGGGGACCCAAUCUCGAGAAGAAACCAUACUAGGAAUCGACUCCGUGCUCAGAUUCAGAAGAAAAGGGAGUCUUUGGCUGACCAGUUUGACUUCAAGAUCUACAUAGCCUUUGUUUUCAAAGACAAGAAGAAGAAGUCUGCGCUGUUUGAGGUAGCUGAAGUCCUACCAGUGAUGACCAACAACUAUGAAGAGAAUAUCCUGAAAGGUGUGCAGGCUGCCAGCUAUUCCCUCCAGAGUUCCAUGGAACUUAUGCAGAAAGAUGUUGUGCAGUUGCACGCCCCACGUUACCAAUCAAUGCGCAGGGAUGUCAUAGGAUGCACCCAGGAGAUGGACUUCAUCCUGUGGCCGCGCAACGACAUAGAGAAGAUAGUCUGUCUCUUGUUCUCCAGAUGGAAGGGGGCUGAGGAAGAACCCUUCAGGCCUGUUCAGGCCAAGUUUGAGUUUCAUCAUGGAGACUACGAGAAGCAGUUGUUACAUGCUGUCGGCAGGAGGGACAAGGCCGGAAUGGUUAUGAACAACCCAGCUCAGUCCGUCUUCCUCUUUAUGGACCGACAGCACUUACAGACUCCUAAAACCAAGGCCACAGUUUUUAAAUUGUGCAGCCUUUGCCUGUACCUGCCCCAGGACCAGCUAACGUGCUGGGGCGUUGGCGACAUCGAAGGCCAUCUCCUCCCGUACAUGCCCGACUAGGGCCAGCCGGCCUCCAUGGCUUCCGCCCACAACACAAGGAAGAUUAACCCACAAGCCACUGAAGCAAGUGGAUCUCUCUCUCUCUCUCCUCCACCACACAUCCUUCCGUUUUGAAUAGAAUUGAACUGGUGCUUGGAUCUCCCUUUUUUGUUGUUAAACACUUGUUCGUUCAUUAAUUUCCGUCCUCAUGAAGCAUAUUUGUUUUUUCCUUACCAAGCUUCCUCCUCCUACCAGUUUUUUGGCUUGGUUUUUCCCUUUUAUCCUCCAUCGUGUUUAUUUUGAACCUGCACAAACAUUGAAUUUAAAUGGUUGGUUAUUCCCCUGGAGCUGCACUGUCAACAACACAGUCCAGUCACUGAAGGAACUAUUUAUGUUGCUACCAAGCAGGAACAAAGCGCCACACAAGCUUUCAUGACGUUCAGUCUCCGCUGGACACAUUGUAACCCAUGUCAUAAGAUUGUAAAAGCUUCUGUCAUUUCAAAGAUGUGUUUUUAAAGAGGAAAAGAUGCCAUGGGGGGGGAUUCUAGAACGACUAGCUACAAUCUAUGAUGACAGGUGAGGUGUUAAACCGUCUCCCUUUUAAAGAUAAAUACGAACUGUAUUUCAAAAUCAUUUGGUGUAGGUAUUUGCUUCUUUGUUUUCCUUUUUUAAGCCUCCUUUUGUUUGAAGCUGGGUGUUUGUUUGUUUUGAUUUUGGCUGUCAUUUUGCGAUCCUGUGAAAUAUGCCAGGUAGAUAAUUUUGGUAAGAGCUGGAGUAUAGAUGAGAACUGUUGGGAGGGAGUUUUGAGACCAGUGUUGUGAAUCGCAUGGUGUGGACAGACACACUCUGUCGAUGUUGGGUAGAUGCUGAAGCUUGUUAACGCGCAAGACAUUCAAGCUACUGAAAUCUGAUGUUUCCCCCCCCCCCCCCCCAAGUGGGUUGGCAAGGGUGAAUGUUGGAACUAAUGUUAAGAAGAUAAUGUUACCUACUAACAAUGGAACAGGUUGUUGAGUUGAAAUGAAUGUGAUCGGCAGAUUUAUGUUCCUUAAUUUGACAAACACAAGUAUCCUAAGAGUACUAAUUGAUGCGGUGCUUAUAAAAUGGGUGUGUUUCUUUCUUUUUUUUUUUUUUUGAAAGCUUGCUUUGCUGGGGAAAUAAAGCACAUUUAAUUUGGGUUUUUCUUUUGAUUCAAUGUGUUCCCCUGAAGGCAGGUCUAUGUGUUCACCUGAAGGCAGGUCGACGUGUUCUCCCGAAGGCAGGUCGACGUGUUCUCCCGAAGGCAGGUCUAUGUGUUCACCUGAAGGCAGGUCGACGUGUUCUCCCGAAGGCAGGUCGACGUGUUCUCCCGAAGGCAGGUCGACGUGUUCUCCCGAAGGCAGGUCGACGUGUUCUCCCGAAGGCAGGUCUAUGUGUUCACCUGAAGGCAGGUCGACGUGUUCUCCCGAAGGCAGGUCGACGUGUUCUCCCGAAGGCAGGUCGACGUGUUCUCCCGAAGGCAGGUCGACGUGUUCUCCCGAAGGCAGGUCGACGUGUUCUCCCGAAGGCAGGUCGACGUGUUCUCCCGAAGGCAGGUCGACGUGUUCUCCCGAAGGCAGGUCGACGUGUUCUCCCGAAGGCAGGUCGACGUGUUCUCCCGAAGGCAGGUCGACGUGUUCUCCCGAAGGCAGGUCGACGUGUUCUCCCGAAGGCAGGUCGACGUGUUCUCCCGAAGGCAGGUCGACGUGUUCUCCCGAAGGCAGGUCGACGUGUUCUCCCGAAGGCAGGUCGACGUGUUCUCCCGAAGGCAGGUCGACGUGUUCUCCCGAAGGCAGGUCGACGUGUUCUCCCGAAGGCAGGUCGACGUGUUCUCCCGAAGGCAGGUCUACGUGUUCACCCGAAGGCAGGUCUACGUGUUCACCCGAAGGCAGGUCUACGUGUUCACCCGAAGGCAGGUCUAUGUGUUCCCCUGAAGGCAGGUCUAUGUGUUCCCCUGAAGGCAGGUCUAUGUGUUCCCCUGAAGGCAGGUCUAUGUGUUCACCUGAAGGCAGGUCUAUGUGUUCACCCGAAGGCAGGUCUAUGUGUUCACCCGAAGGCAGGUCGACGUGUUCUCCCGAAGGCAGGUCGACGUGUUCUCCCGAAGGCAGGUCGACGUGUUCUCCCGAAGGCAGGUCGACGUGUUCUCCCGAAGGCAGGUCGACGUGUUCUCCCGAAGGCAGGUCGACGUGUUCUCCCGAAGGCAGGUCGACGUGUUCUCCCGAAGGCAGGUCUACGUGUUCACCCGAAGGCAGGUCUACGUGUUCCCCCGAAGGCAGGUCUACGUGUUCCCCCGAAGGCAGGUCGACGUGUUCCCCUGAAGGCAGGUCGACGUGUUCUCCUGAAGGCCGGUCGACGUGUUCUCCCUGAAGGCGGGUCGACGUGUUCUCCCUGAAGGCGGGUCUACGUGUUCCCCUGAAGGCGGGUCGACGUGUUCUCCUGAAGGCGGGUCGACGUGUUCCCCUGAAGGCGGGUCGACGUGUUCCCCUGAAGGCGGGUCUACGUGUUCCCCUGAAGGCGGGUCUACGUGUUCCCCUGAAGGCGGGUCGACGUGUUCACCCGAAGGCGGGUCUACGUGUUCACCCGAAGGCGGGUCUACGUGUUCACCCGAAGGCGGGUCUACGUGUUCACCCGAAGGCGGGUCUACGUGUUCACCCGAAUGCGGGUCUACGUGUUCACCCGAAGGCGGGUCUACGUGUUCACCCGAAGGCGGGUCUACGUGUUCACCCGAAGGCGGGUCUACGUGUUCACCCGAAGGCGGGUCGACGCGUUCCCCCGAAGGCGGGUCGACGCGUUCCCCCGAAGGCGGGUCGACGCGUUCCCCCGAAGGCGGGUCGACGCGUUCCCCCGAAGGCGGGUCGACGCGUUCCCCCGAAGGCGGGUCGACGCGUUCCCCCGAAGGCGGGUCGACGCGUUCCCCCGAAGGCGGGUCGACGCGUUCCCCCGAAGGCGGGUCGACGCGUUCCCCCGAAGGCGGGUCGACGCGUUCCCCCGAAGGCGGGUCGACGCGUUCCCCCGAAGGCGGGUCGACGCGUUCCCCCGAAGGCGGGUCGACGCGUUCCCCCGAAGGCGGGUCGACGCGUUCCCCCGAAGGCGGGUCGACGCGUUCCCCCGAAGGCGGGUCGACGCGUUCCCCCGAAGGCGGGUCGACGCGUUCCCCUGAGUUUAAUCUUUAUUUUGAAAUGAAUCUAGAAAACAACACUGCUCAACAUAUCCCAAUACAAUGUUAACUUAAAGUA